AUGUUCCUAAUCAAGACGAUGAUGCCUAACCCGCUGGCUGGUUUGAAUCCUAUGGGUGGAGGAGAGGACGAGGCGGAGGCGGCACCUGCCGACCCAGCCAAAGCAGCAGGGAUGACACGUGAAGAGUAUGAGGAGUACCAAAAACAGUUGGUGGAGGAGAAGUAAGUAAACUGCCCUGUUGCCGAAACUCCAUUUUGUUUUGCUGUUGUUGUUGGAUCAUGGAAAGCAGCAAACAUGGCUGGCUAACCCUACAGAAUGUAAACACCAUCACAACUAUUCCAUCGGACCUUGACUAGCACCAUGCAGGAAUUCUGCACCUUCCUAUUUUUUAAAUAUAUAUUUCAUUGUUUUGUUGAGUUUUUCUACUUUUCUAAAUUAGUUAAGAUUGAAUGUAUCUACAUUUAUUCCCAUUGUUGCAGUUUAUUAUUAUUUAAGUUCAUUUGAUUUAUUUUCUUGAUGGUUUUUAGUCACUCAAGGUUAGAAUAGAGACCCAAACUCAAACUAGAGUUUUGAGCAUAUUCUUUCUGUAAAAAUGCAUGCUUGUUUCUUGUGUUCCAAAAGUCACCCCAGUCCCUAUCAACAACAACCACCAUUACACAAUUAAUCUCUGAUCAUUGAUCCUCUGCUGUGUUGUCAACAAUGUUGUUGACGCCCAACUGUCUAACCAACAUUGAAUCUGACUAACACUCAAAUGGAUCAACACUAAAAUAAAGUAAAACAAAUCUGCAAAAUAGUCUACUAUCCUACUAAGUUCCCAGGAGGAAUUUUCAAAAUGGCUGCCAAAUUUGACCCAUGACGAUUUAACUGCGACGGUGUAGGAGGAGCUUUGAUGGUGAAGUGAAAAAUCAUAGAUCUAAUGUCAUCUUAUUAAAACUCUGUCUACCUAAAAUAAUUUCAGCACUCUGUCAAGUUUAUUCCUCCAUAAACACAGUUUCAGACAGGAAUGAUUGUCAUUCACAUUUACAUUUUAGUCAUUUAGCAGACGCUCUUAUCCAGAGCGAUUUACAUGAGCAAUUAGGGUUGAGUGCCUUGCUCAAAGGCACAUCAAACAGGAGGAAGAGUUCUCUACUGUUUUGCUCAAAAGACAAUAGUCUCUGCUCUUGAUUUUGGUUUCACUGUCUGGUGGCGAUUUUGUUUUGUUUAUGUAAUAUGAUGUGGCUGCUGCCCAGUAGGGCAUGCUCUGAAUGCUUUUAAAUGCAUAAGGGGCAGUGAAGAAGUGCACUCUUCUGGAGAUGGGUAGAGAUUUGGGACAUAGCCUAUGUCUGUGAGAGCAGGGCAGAGCAGAGCAGGGGUUAAGGUUAAACUGUGGCUGUGUGACUAGGUUGGGUGUCUUGGCCUUUGUCUCUCAAAACAGAGCAGAGCAGUGCAGGAGUUAGUGUUAUGUUGUGGCUGUGUUGGGUUUCUUGUCCUAAUCCGCAGUCUGGCCCUAGCCCUCAACCUGGUCAACUAAUAAUCCUCCUCUUCAAUUGGCUAGGGUAAACAGUUCCCUUUCCACAGCGACCAAUGAGGUUGGCACAAAAUGGCCAAGAAAGGGAUUCUCAUGAUCCUUAGCCUAAUGCCAAUAAACUAAUGACUUGACCAUGCAUUGUAUCUCAUUGUUCAAUACAUAUUGAUAUGGUCUGAGUUGUGUAAAGCCAUAAUAAUGACACAAGAGGAAAGCAGUGGAAAUGUUGUUUUAAUAAAUUAUUGUAUCGGAGCCAUAGUGUGCGGCUUAAAAACAACCCAGGAAGAAAGCAAGCAGCACUGUUGAUGAUGAAGCAAUUUCUCAUUGUCACAAUAAGGUCUCUCAAUAGCUAAUGCUAACUAACGUUAGCCAUUUGCCUAUAACACAGUAAUCAUACAAAAAUCUAUGAUAUCAGCCAGCCAGCCAUCGUCCAUGUUCUAAUUUCAAAUGAUGGAAGCAGCAUAUGAUUGAACAGUGAGAUUAUGUAGUCUGAACCUCGUUAGCUUCUUACCUAAACCCGUCUCAUGGUUAACCCAUGGCACAAAAGGUCAGGAAAGCCCUGCAUCCUCUAAACUUUAGGUUUUGUUCUACAGUAUGGGAUUCACAAUGUAUUUGCAUGGUAGCUAUAUAAUGUUAGCCUCGUUCGACCAUCCUGAUCGAGUGCUGGUGGAUCACGCUAAUAUAAUGUACCUUUGGUUAAAACAAGAUAAUACCCAGACCAUUAUUGUCUUUGAAUACACAGUAAACAAACAUACAGUAUAUACAUGCAUACUGUACAUACAUACAGUUAUCCAUGACCUGAUCACGCUAGAUAUCAAUUAAUUAAUCAAUAAAUUAAUCAAUUAAUCCAUCAUUCAUUUUCUCUGUUUUUCAGGAUGGAGAGAGACGCAGACUUCUUACACAAGAAGGCUGAGAGGGCAACUCUGCGGGUGUGCCUAAGAGACAAGUACAGGCUCCCAAAG